GGCGGCCCUCAGUUGGUCAGGCCAGCAUUGUGGUGGUUGUUGUUCUCGCGCCAUUUCCCGGUUUAUGCGGACAAUUAAGCGAAACCACCCCAGUGGGACAUUAUCCUCGGCACCAUGUCCAUUAAUAUUGACAAGGAUGCCUUCUUUCGUCGCAUGAACAAAGUAUAUUCCACGUGGAAGAAAUUGGAAAGUAAUAAGGAGGAUGGUCUUGGCAAAGCUGAUGCUCUCGUCUCUGUUGUGGGGGCUGACCAAGAAGUUAUUUAUUCAAAAUCAACUGCCACUCAGACCUGGCUUUUUGGGUAUGAGCUGACAGACACCAUAAUGGUGUGUUGUGAGAAAGCUGUGUACUUCUUGGCAAGUAAGAAAAAGAUACAAAUUCUGGAAGGCUUGGAGAAGAAUAAAGAUGAGAACAGUAAUGUACCACCAGUAAAGUUGCUGGUUAGGGACAAGAAUGAUAAAGAUAAGGCUAAUAUAACCAAAUUAAUUGAUGCCAUCAAGGGUAGCAAAGGUGGUUCAAAGAUUGGUAUAUAUGGUAAAGAUAAAUUCUCAUCAGAUCUCAUUGAUGCAUGGAGAAAAGCAGUGAAGGAAGCCAACUUUGAGCAGCUGGACAUGAGCUCUCACAUGGCAAUUGUGAUGUCGGCUAAAGAGGAAUCUGAAAUUGCCACCAUAAAGAAAGCUUGCACUGCAACAGUGGAUGUUUUCUCAAAAUAUCUAAAAGAACAGAUCAUGGAUAUUAUUGACAGAGAUAAGAAGGUAAAGCAUGCCAAACUUGCAGAAGGAGUGGAACAGGCCAUGACAGACAAGAAAUAUGUAGGUAAUUUUGACACGCAGCAGAUAGAGCCAUGUUAUCCUCCAAUUAUCCAAUCAGGAGGCAACUAUGCUCUGAAGUUCAGUGUGUCCAGUGACAAAAACCCCAUGCAUUUUGGUGCUAUUGUUUGCUGUAUGGGGGUACGUUACAAGAACUAUUGUUCCAAUAUCUGUCGCACUUUUAUGGUAAAUCCGCCUGAGAAGAUGCAGAAAGACUAUGAACUUCUUUUAGAGCUUUUUGAUAAGCUGAUCAACACAUUGAAGGCUGGAGUCAAACUUUGUGAUGUUUAUGAGGAAGUCUAUAAACACCUCAAGAGCAAAAAUUCUAGUCUGACAGAUAAGCUCACAAAGGCAGUUGGAUUUGGCAUGGGUAUCGAGUUUCGUGAGUCUGCUCUUCUCAUUGGUCCCAAAACAAAUACUAUUGCAAAGAAAGGGCAAGUGUUUAAUGCAAAUCUUGGGUUUUCCGAUCUCACAAAUGAUAGUGCCAGUGAUUCUGGUAGCAAGAAGUAUGCUCUGUUUAUUGGGGACACAGUCGUUGUCAAUGAGGAUCAACCAGCCACAGUUUUGACAGCAUCCAGCAAGAAGAAGCUGAAGAAUGUUGGGGUUUUCCUUAAGGAUGAUGAUGAUGAUGAUGGUGAUGGAGAUGAAGAAGACACAAAAGAAGAUACGUCGGGAAUCUUGGGUAGAGGAAAGCGAACUGCCAUCUUGGAUUCAAAGCUUCGGCAUCAAACAUCAGAACAAUCGACAGAGGAAAAACGCAAACAACAUCAAAAGGAAUUGGCAGUAUCGAUGAACGAGGCAGCCAAAGAACGCUUAGCAUUGCUUAAAGGAAAAAAAGAGGAUCAGAAAGUGCGCAAAUCUACAGUGUCCUAUCGAUCAUCCAACCUCAUACCCAAGGAACCUGAAAUAUCUGAACUCAAGAUCUUUGUUGACCGAAAAUACGAAACUUUGAUUCUACCAAUUUACGGCAUGCCAGUUCCAUUCCACAUCUCGAUGAUCAAGAAUAUAUCUCAGAGUGUGGAGGGAGAUUACACAUAUUUGCGAAUAAACUUCUUCCAUCCGGGCUCUAGCAUUGGCAAAAGUGACGGUGUAUUCCCAAACCCAGAUGCUGUGUUUUUAAAAGAAGUUACCUAUCGUAGUACAAAUACUAAGGAACCUGGAGAGUUCUCGGCCCCAUCUUCUAACCUGAACACAGCAUUUCGACUCAUCAAGGAGGUGCAGAAGAAGUUCAAGACGCGAGAGGCAGAGGAAAAGGAGAAAGAAGAUCUAGUAAAACAAGACACACUUAUUGUCUCCAAUAACAAAUCUAAUCCAAAGUUAAAGGAUCUAUAUAUUCGUCCAAAUAUUGUGCAGAAGAGAAUAAAUGGCACAUUAGAAGCUCAUACAAAUGGUUUCAGAUACACAAGCGUCCGUGGCGAUAAAGUAGACAUUCUCUACAACAACAUCAAGAAUGCUUUCUUCCAGCCUUGUGAGGGGGAAAUGAUUAUUCUACUUCAUUUCCAUCUUCGGCAUGCAAUUAUGUUUGGCAAGAAGAAACAUAUUGAUGUACAAUUUUACACUGAGGUUGGUGAAAUAACUACAGAUCUGGGUAAACACCAACACAUGCAUGACCGUGAUGAUCUGUCAGCUGAGCAGGCAGAGAGAGAACUGCGCCAUAAACUAACCUCUGCCUUCAAGAGCUUUACAGAGAAGGUUGAAACUAUGACAAAACAUCAGAUAGAAUUUGAUACUCCAUUCCGUGAACUUGGAUUCCCUGGUGCUCCCUUCCGUUCAACAGUGCUUUUGCAACCUACCUCAGGCUGUGUUGUUAAUUUGACUGAGUGGCCUCCGUACGUUAUUGUUUUGGAUGAAGUUGAGCUGGUUCACUUUGAGCGAGUUCAGUUCCACUUGAAGAACUUUGACAUGGUGUUUGUGUUCAAGGACUACUCCAGAAAAACAUCUAUGAUCAAUGCAAUUCCCAUGCAGAUGCUUGAUCAUGUUAAGGAGUGGCUGAACUCUUGUGACAUUCGGUACUCUGAGGGUGUGCAGUCACUCAACUGGUCUAAAGUCAUGAAAACAAUUAUUGAUGACCCUGAUGGGUUCUUUGAUCAGGGAGGCUGGUCUUUCUUGGACCCUGACUCAGAUGAUGAGAAAGCAGAGCAGGAGGAGGAGGACUCUGAGGAUGAUGGAGCAUAUGCACCUACAGAUGAAGAGUUGGGAUCUGAGGAGGAAAGCGAGGAUUAUUCUGAGGGUGAUUCAGAGGCAUCCGAUUCUGAAUAUAGUGAGGAUCUUGGAAGCAGUGAAGAAUCGGGUAUGGAUUGGUCCGACCUCGAGAGAGAAGCUGCUGAAGCCGAUAAAGAUGCUAAUGACUUCCAGGAUGAGUACACGAAACAGAAGAAGACAAAAGGUGGCGAUUAUCGUAGCAAAUAUAAUGAUCGGAAGAGGUUAAACCGCAAGUCCUCUCUGAAACUCGGCAAGGACAAACGCACGAGCAAUUCAAAGCACAAAUCUUCCAAGCAUGACAGCUCUGGUAGCAGCAAGCAUAGAUCUUCACACAAGUCAUCCCAUAGUUCCCCACACAAGUCAUCCUCCCACAAGUCCUCGCACAAAUCUCCGAGCAAAGAUAAGUCUAAGAAUCGGCAUCAUUCUAGUGGCAGCAGCAGCAAGCAUUCAGAUAAGAAGAGGUCUCGAGAUGACUCUGGUGACCGCCAUCAUAGCAAAAAGAAGAGCAAGAAGUAAAUUUGGUUGGGUCAUGCUGUUAAACAGUUGUUUCCUGCCAUGAAGAGGAGGGAGAAGAGAAGGUGAUACAAAAUAGAAUAAGUGCUGGAGAUCAUCGAGAGUGUGGUUAAUGGUGUUGUCAAGCAAGGAAUAAAUACUAGAUCUGGCUGGAAUAGCUACGCAAGACACUAUUGAAGAGACUUAUGACUAAAUAUUCCAUUGGCAUCCUAAGGGGUACGACCCCCGCCACUCGCUCGAGGAUCUUCGCAACAGGCAAAGUGACAUUGUGAUUUUGUAAGUGUUAAAUGCUCUUACUAUGUAGUUAUCUGAAGGAAAGAUAUGCACUGGAAUUUAGAUGUGAACAAAGAUUGAUACAUGUGUAUCAUGUACAAUUAUGAAUUAAUUGCAUAUUGAUGAUGUUUUCAGCCCUGUGUCAGGGUUCUUUAGUAAACUCCUGUAUAGAAAUGGUCCAAGUUGUAGUAUACUUCAAUAUUAAUUUACAUGUUCAUUAUACCUGUAUAUUGGAAACAAAUAUUCAUGUAAGUAAAUUAUAAGGUUCGGUGAAAUUAUCUUUGGAAAAGGCGGCACUGUUGAGAACAAAAUUUCAGGUUUGAAUGUAGUUAAAUUGUACGAUAUAUCUUGAUUGUAAUUUUUGCAAAACACAUUAAACCCAGAACUGUAAUGUAUUUAAGUCUGGAUUUCUUGUGAUAAAAUUUAAGAUUGAAGCGAUGUUUUGAAUGCGAAUCUUCAACGUAAAUGAAAGGGAACAUUGUCUACAUUAAUUGUGGAGAGUACAUAAUCAUGUUUCUUUUGACACAGAUCAGCUAAAAGGGUAUUAGUUUUAAUUAUUUUUGUACUGGAUGUGUAUUUAGCAUUUUAUCAGUUUUAAAAGAAAAUUUUAGUACAGUAUGUGUGACAGGUACAUCACUCGUUCAGCUGCUCCCUAGUAGCAUAAAUGUGUCCUUAGUUACAGUAACCGAGCUUAAUGUAUUAUGAAUGGGUUCCAAAGUUGAUAUUGACAUUUCUGAAGAUUUUUCCUUUAUAUUAUGUAUACAAGAGCAUAGAGAAGUGAUGGCAAUUACUGUAACCCUCUGAAAUCUACACAUGAAGAUCGCUAUUGGUAAAUUGUCAUCACUGGGGUAGUGUAUCCAACUGGUAUUGGUGACAGUUUUGAAAUAUAAGGCAUGAAUUGACUGAUUUGCAAAGUUACUGUGGAAGAGGACAUUUUCAGGUAUGUAGGCGAGUGAAUUAAUAUUGUAUUGCAUUUUAUAUUCAAUCUGUGAAAUUCAUUAAACUUGUUUUCCUAA